AUGUCUGAAUCUUUAAAAGAAUUAACCUCUGCUGAUUGGAUUAAUAGAUCAUGGAAUGCAGUUGAUAUUAGUUUAAUCCAAAGAUCUUUUAAAUGCUAUAGCAUUUCUAACAAACGUGAUGGAACAGAAGAUGAUUGGAUUUUUAAUUAUGAACAUCUUGAACAAGCAAAAUCAAAUGAUGAAGUAGAAAUUUUAGAUGAUAUUAAUGAAGAUGAUAGAAGUAAUGAUAUUAAUGAUAAUCAUUAUGAGGAGGGAGAUUAUGAUAAUGAAUGGAUUUAA